AUGUUCAACAAGCUCAUUCUCUCCGUCGGCCUGCUCCUUGCUGGAGUCCAGGCUCAGCAAGCUGUGAACUGCGACUAUCAGUCAUUGAAGUGCGGUUCCGUGCUCCUCGGUGCUCCUUACGUCUACACCCCGGCUCAGCUCGUCGCUGCUGUCAAUGACACCAUCUCCAUCCCGGCCCUUUCAACUGCUGAGAUCUCCCAGACCCUGUUCCACUGCACAGACAUCCUCGGCGCAAUCACUGGAAACGCCUACUGCUUCGCUGGUUGUGAUACCAAGCCCGGUGUCCGCAAUGACCAAUGUAUCCUGUAG